AUGUUCAUACUUACCACCAUCUCUGAUUUGAUUCAGAUCGCACCUCAAGACUUUUCUAAGUUUAGUGCCGUUGCUAUUGAAGACAACAUUAAUGAAAAAUACGCCAAUAAGGUCAUUCAAAAAAUUGGUCUAUGCAUCAGUUUUUAUGAUCUACUCGAAUCCUCAGAUGGCCUGAUUGGUCAUGGAACUGGUCUUGUCAAUGUCAACGUCAAAUUUCGCAUGAUUGUUUUCCGUCCUUUCAAGGGCGAGAUUAUGCUGGGAAAGAUUGCCAGUGGCACUGAACUCGGCAUCAAAAUUGGUGUCGAGUUUUUCAACGAUAUUUUGAUCCCACCUGAGCUCCUGCUCCCCGGCGCGAAGUUUGACUAUGCUGAUCAAGUCUGGACCUGGGACAACGAUGAUGGCACCACUCUGUAUUUCGACGUAGGAGAAGUCGUUCGUUUCCGUAUUGAGACAGAAGAAUGGCAUGAUCAGAUUCCCAAUGGGCCAGACAGCGACCAAACCGUGGCCGAAAGAAAAGCUGCCUACUCUAUCAUUGGUUCGAUGCAAAUGGGAGGUCUUGGACCUGUGACUUGGUGGUAG